AUUGAUCACCCAUUAGAUGUUGUAUCCGCUGGUUUAUCACAAUUAUCAAUGGGGAGAUCUGAUUUAUAUUCGACGACCAUCCCUCCAAACAUCGCUGUCCCAUAUGAUUCAAUAAAAGGCAAUGGAGAUAUUGUUUGGAAACUAGCUGAUGAUAAUUUGGAUGAAGAAUUUCUUGCCUGUAGUGAUUAUCAUGAACAAUUACUUCCUGAUAGAAUGUUGUUGAAUCGAUUAUCCGGACAAAUUACCGAUCAUACAAUUACCCAAUCAAUUCAUGCAUAUGCCGAUCCAUGGCAGACAUCGUUAUCUUUAUCACCUAGUAGUGUUUCACUACAAUCUGUACCAUGUAUUCCUCCAUCGGAAACUAAACCAAGAAAUUUUCUACAUUCUCAUUCAUCUUUAACAUCAUUUCAUAAUCAUCAGUCAGAUAUUUUAAAUAAUCAAG